AUGAUAACUCAGAGAGGGGUAGAAGCUAACCCGGAGAAGUGCCAGGCAAUACUCCAGAUGAAGAGCCCGGGUUGCAUAAAAGACGUCCAGAGGUUGGCAGGGCGGUUGACCUCGUUAUCCCGGUUUCUCGGAGCUUCGGCAACAAAGGCCCUGCCAUUCUUUAACCUCAUGAAGAAAGGGAUGGCGUUUGAGUGGACGCCCGCAUGUGAAGAGGCCUUUCGGCACUUCAAGGAGAUCCUGGCGGCACCACCCAUCCUCGGGAAGCCGAAGGACGGGGAACCACUAUACCUGUACCUCGCCAUAACAGGUGAAGCCCUGGCCGCAGUUCUGGUACGGGAGGACGGAAAAGCUCAACAGCCAGUCUAUUUCAUAAGCAGGGCCUUGCAAGGGGCAGAAUUAAGGUAUAGCAAGUUGGAAAAACUAGCCUUAACGCUUCUAACUUCCUCACGGAGGUUAAAGCAGUACUUCCAGAGUCACCAAGUUGUCGUCAGAACGGACCAAGGGAUCCGGCAAGUACUCCAAAAACCCGACCUGGCGGGAAGAAUGAUGACUUGGUCCAUUGAACUCUCCCAGUAUGACAUACGAUACGAACCCCGGCAAGCCAUCAAAGCGCAGGCGAUGGCGGAUUUUCUAGUAGAAGUAACGGGAGAUCCAAACGAAGAGGUGAGUACACGGUGGAAACUCCAUGUGGACGGAGCCUCCAACCAGACCUUCGGAGGUGCCGGGAUCAUCCUGGAAAGCCCGAUUGGGGUUGUGUACGAACAGUCGGUCAGAUUCGAGUUUCCCAUCUCGAACAACCAGGCAGAAUAUGAAGCCCUUAUAGGAGGCUUAACCCUCGCAGCAGAAGUCAGUGCAAGAAGACUGGAAAUAUGCAGCGACUCCCAAGUCGUCACCUCCCAAGUAAACGGCAGCUACCAAGCCAAAGACCCUUUGCUACAUAAGUACUUGGAGAAGGUUAAGAGCUUGAGCCAAAAGUUCGAAGAGGUCACGGUCCACCACGUACCUAGAGAAAGGAACACACGGGCAGACCUCCUAUCAAAGUUAGCUAGCACAAAGCCAGGAGAGGGGAACCGGUCUCUCAUCCAAGGCAUGACGAGAGAACCAGCAAUCACGCUGCACGUGACAAGCCUAGGUCCUUCAUGGCUAGACCCCAUCACCGACUUCCUAGAACACGGCAAACUCCCUAGUGAUGAAAAGGAUGCGGCGAAAUUGAGAAGGGAAGCGGCCAAAUACGCCGUCAUCCAAGGACAGUUAUUCAGGAAAGGGCUCAACCAACCCCUACUGAAGUGCCUACACCCCGAUCAGACGGACUACGUCCUCAGGGAAGUCCACGAGGGCUGCUGUGGGCACCACAUCGGAGGCAAGGCCCUAGCGAGGAAACUGAUCCGGGCCGGAUACUAUUGGCCUUCGAUGAUGGCGGACUCCAAAGAGUUUGUCAAAAAAUGCGUGAUAACUAGAUUCGGGAUACCGGAGGUCGUCAUCUCGGACAACGGCACGCAAUUCACUGACAAAAAGUUCACAGAAUUCCUCAACGGCCUGGGCGUAAAGCAAAGGUUCUCUUCGGUGGAGCACCCUCAGACGAACGGACAAGUGGAGUCCGCCAACAAGAUUAUCCUUUCAGGGCUAAAAAAGAGGCUGGACAAUAAAAAGGGUGCUUGGGCCGACGAACUAGCAUCGGUUCUCUGGUCCUACCGAACAACUGAACAAUCCUCCACUAAGGAAACUCCUUUCCGACUAACGUACGGGGUGGACGUGGUAAUACCCGUAGAGAUCGGUGAACCGAGUCCACGGUUACUUUUGAAAGGAGUGGAAGAAACCGUGGAAAAAUACCUGAGAGAUGAAGCCAGGGAAAUGGCCCAUUUGACAGAAACAGCACUAAAACAAAGAAUGGCUCUGCGCUACAACACCAAAGUGCUCAAGAGGGAAUUCGAGCCGAACGACCUCGUCCUGAGGCGAAACGAUAUCGGCCUACCAACCCCCGGAGAAGGAAAGCUAGCGGCGAACUGGGAAGGCCCCUACAGAGUCAAAAAAGUGAUGGGAAAAGGAGCCCUCAAGUUAGAAAGGCUUGACGGCAAAGAAGUCCCGAGAACAUGGAACGCGGACAACCUAAGAAGAUUCUACUCCUAG